UCUCUCUCUCUAUAUAGUGUGAUUAGGGUUGCUUUUUGGCGCCAAAAUUCAUUCAUUUGACUUCUUCUUUCUCCGAUUUUUCAAAUGCUUGAGAAUUCUCGCCCAUGGACGCGUGAAUGAUGAUGUGAAAUCUCUCCUUCUUCAUCUUUCAUAUCCUUCGUGAAUUAUAUAGCAGCGUUUGAUUUGAAUCUGAAUCACAAUCCUCCGGUAGAUCGAUUUCGGAUUAUCAGCGAUGAGAAGAAGGAACCACCGAACCAAAGCUGACGAAACCCUAAAUAAGACCGACCCACAACAAAUCGGGUUCAAAUUUCCUGAUCCGUCGAGCUCUCAGGCUAAUUCAGAUUUGAAACGCAGGAGGAGAAGGGUGAGUUUCGACGACGAUGUCGAUCAUCAUCGGAGUCCCUUCAACGAAGCUCAGGCCGGACGAUCGAUUGAUGCUGAUGCCAAGACCUCUGAGUUUGCGUUCUUUAAGAAGUUAAAGUCUGGUUUUGGUCACUGCUCUGAAUCAUCAUCUUAUGACUCUAGUAAAUCAUCAAACAAGGCGAAGCAAAAUCCGAGAACUUUCGAAUCCAGAGUCAAACCAGGAGAACGUGCAGCAGCAGCGGACUGUGAAGCUAAUGAUAGAUCCAAGAGUUGUAACUUCUCCACACCCAUUCAUAGUGCUACUAGACGUGAAAACUAUCCGGGGAAAUCUUCUUCAUCAUUGAGUAGAGAAAAGGACACAGUUCCAAGUGGUAGCAACCUGAGAUCUGCAAGUCGAGGAAUCAGUGAUGAGAAAGGAGACAUAUUCUUUGUUAAGAGAAAGAAACUGCAUCAGUGGGUCAAAGAUACAUGGUUUUCUGAAAUUUCUGAGAUUACUUCAAACGGGCACGAUUUAGUUUCUGUUCUCUUAACUCGGCUGUUCCCUGGUGCUGAGGAGACACGUCCCUCUAGGUUUUCCAAAGAGAGGACGGAUAGAGUCAAAAGAAGAACGUUUGUUGAUGCUCCUGGAUCUAAGUUUCUCAAGAGGUCUCAUGAAAGCUAUAGAGAAGUUGACCGCAGUCUGCAAAUGGAGGACAGAUUGAUCCCUUGGCAGGGAUGGCUGGAAAAUAACAUUACCCCGAGGCUGCAGUAUCAAACAGGUCAUGUUCAGAAUAGUUUUAUCCCAAGAGAUCCCGAAGAGAUUAGAUUUCCCAUCUUAUAUCCUAAGGAAUCAGUUUAUCGACCUGAAGAGAUUAGCUUUCCCAUCUUAUAUCCUAAGGAAUCAUUUUAUCGACCUGAAGAGAUUAGCUUUCCCAUCUUAUAUCCUAAGGAAUCAGUCUAUGGACCUCCACUGUUGAAACAGAAGGCGUGCCUGUCAUUUCCUGUUGAAGAAAAUUUGGACUGUUCUCCCAUAUCUAGCCUCCAUUUCAGAAACUACAAGCCUGUUUCAACGAAUUACCACAGAGAAGAUAGUGGAUACAGCUCAGAGGACUUGUCACAUGAACAUAGAGACCCUUCAUCUGCAUUUCUUCUCGAGUGGAAUACUGAAACCGCAAGCACCAGAAAGACAGAUGAUUUUUCACUUAGUUAUCACACAAGACUCAUCACGUAUCCAAAUGCAUCAUCCUCAUCAUUGACUGAUAAUCCAUGGAGCUCUGACUAUUCUCCAUCCCAUUAUUUGGUUACAAGGGAGCUGUACCCUCUACCUUUGCUCUCUCAUUACACUUCAGGCAGUUUCUACUUACCAACAACGAAGCAAACCAGCCAUUUUGAGCCUGAACUCAAGAGGAAUAUUAUUGAUGAAGAAGAUGCGGUUGCUGCAAACCAGAAUUUCCAGACAUCUCAUUUCACAGAUAGCUCAGAUUGUUUAGCCAGAGACUACACAUACUAUCGUAAUCUUUCAAACUCUCCAGUGGAUCAUUGCCCUUUUAAAAUCCCUGGAUGUGAAAUAGCAUCCUUGCCAUUUUCCAGUGUCAGCAAUUCAAAUUUGUUGGAAGCGUCAAGUCCUACACAGAGUGAUCGUUUUAAGUCUCAUGAUUGGAUACCCUUUCGGUUUCAGUCACCUCGAGCUUGGAUUGAUUCAUAGAAUGGCUACGAGCUUACGAGCUUAAAGCAGUAACUGAGAAGAACUACUCAGAACCGAGUUUGGUUGCCAUAGGUCAGCAUCUCUCUGACUUAUGAACAUUUUGUGUCAUGUCAUUGUUCUGCAUUAGUUUAAAUGAACACAUUUAAGUCAGAAGACAUAGGAAUUGAUAGUUUUAGAUCUUGUCCAAACUUCAUUACUGAUGAAUUGAUUGAAGGAGAUGUAGAUGAACGUUAUGAUUCGAUUCGACAUAGACUGAUAUAUAUGGUUGAGAUGUUAAAAGA